ACCAUGACCCUCGUUAAACGAAUUUGAAGAAAUCAAUCAGUCCUAAAUUUAAUGCGAUCAAUCACAAAAUGAAAACAAAUAUGCCUGCCGCUUUGACAAAACGAAUAAUACUCCGACAACUGUCCAAUGUACAUCGGUAUGGAACGUCUUCCAGCAAUGACACAUGUGGCACAUUCGACUUGGUGGUCGUCGGGGGUGGCAUUGUUGGGUGCGCCACUGCUCGGGAAAUGAUGAUAAGACACCCUAAUUUAAAGAUGGCUAUCGUUGAGAAAGAGAAUGCUGUAGCAAAACAUCAAACAGGACAUAACAGUGGCGUAGUACACGCCGGCAUUUAUUACACUCCCGGAAGCAUGAAAGCAAAACUAUGCGUGGAAGGUUUGAAACUGUCGUACGAAUAUUUUUGCAAGCACAACGUACCCCAUAAUAAGGUUGGCAAACUCAUUGUUGCACAGAACCCAGAUCAAGUGAAAAGAAUAGACGAUCUGUUCGAUCGAGGAACAAAGAACAAUGUGCCGGAUCUUGAGGUGGUCGAGAAAGACUGCAUAGCGAAUUACGAGCCGAAAUGUCGAGGAGAGAAGGCACUAUGGUCACCAUGGACGGGUAUAGUUGAUUGGGCCUUGGUCUGUAAGCAUUUCGCCGAAGAUUUUCAAAACAUGGGCGGUCAAAUAUUUCUAAAUUACGAAGUAACCGGAUUCGCAGAAAUGACAGAGUCCAAAGGAAGCGACGAAUUGGCUCCUAUUUCGAUACGAUCGAAACAUAAAUGUUUAUCAUCAAAAUACGUGUUGACGUGUGCUGGCUUACACUCGGAUCGUCUAGCUGUUAUGACAGGAUGCGAUCGAAGUCCACGGAUCGUCCCCUUUCGCGGCGAAUACCUAUUAUUAAGUGACAAGAAAAAACAUUUAUGUACGACCAACAUAUAUCCUGUCCCAGAUCCUAGGUUUCCGUUUCUGGGAGUUCAUUUUACCCCCAGGAUGAACGGCGACAUAUGGCUUGGUCCAAAUGCGGUUUUAGCUCUGGCCAGGGAGGGUUAUCGAUGGCGCGAUAUAAACAUAAAAGACUGUAUAGAGAUGGCCAAAUUCCCUGGACUGUAUAAACUGUGCUUCCGAUUUUUUAUACCAGGAUGCAAAGAAGUUAUUAAAUCUAUCUUUUACCCACUUGCCGUGAAAGACUUGCAAAAAUUUAUUCCCGAAGUAUCGUACAGAGAUGUAAAAAGGGGUCCGGCGGGUGUCCGUGCACAGGCAAUGGACAACGAUGGAAAAUUAGUAGAUGACUUUGUCUUUGAUGGUGGAAAAGGUAGUAUCGGUAGCAGAGUGAUACAUUGUCGCAAUGCUCCUUCUCCUGCCGCCACUAGCUCUUUGGCAAUAGCUAAACAUAUUGCCGAUAAACUGGAAACUGAUUUCAAGUUUUAAUGACGCGAAACGAUAAUGCGAUUGGUAAAAAAAAAAAUUUCUGCUGCAAAGUUUUACAGAAUCAUG